GGACCCAGACAUCUGCCGGGAGCAGGACACCCGACCCGCUGGCCUGGGACAGCGCUGCGCCAUGGCAGAACUGCCUGGCUGCUGCCGUCGUGGGGCCACCUGCCUGCUGUGCCUCUACAGCUGCCGAUGGAUCAGCACCAAGAAAGAGAAGAGGAAGGGCCUGAGAACUACCAAGUGUGACUGCAGCUGGUUCUUCUUCCUUUUCUGCGUCUUCCUCUUCACACUGGUGUGGCUGUACUUCGCCAUUGUCAUCCUCAAUGAUUUCCACAACUUCAAUGAGUUCAUCUUCAAGCAGAGGAAGUUGUGGCUCGACUGGUCCUUGGUCCUGCUCAUAGCAACAGCACUGCUGAUCACCUACUCGGCCAUGCUGCUGGUCCUUGCUUUGUGCUUGCAGCUCUGUGGACAGCCCUUGAAGCUGCACUGGGUGCACAAGAGCCUGCUGAUCGUAACAGCCCUCGUGGUGGCUGCAGCCUUCACAGGGCUGGGAAUAAAGUGGGCGGAGGAGUGGAAAAGUGCACGCAUCUCCCUGCAGGCAACGGGUCCCUUCCUGCACAUUGGCAUCGUGGGGGGAAUGACGCUCCUUGCCUGGCCGCUAGCCAGCUUCAUCUACCACUGCCGCAACACAGGUGUCAAGGUGUUCCUGCUGCUUGUGUACUGUGCCGUGAUGAUUGCUCUGUAUCUGGCUCCCCUGAUGAUUACCUCUCCCUGCAUCAUGGAGGAGAACCAGCUUCCCCCUAAGCCAGCCCUGGUGGGCCACCGAGGGGCCCCCAUGCUGGCGCCCGAGAACACCCUCAUGUCGCUGAAUAAGGCAGUGGGCUGCGAUGUGCAAGUCUUUGAGACGGACAUCAUGGUGAGUGCUGAUGGGGUCCCGUUCCUCAUGCACGAUGAGAAACUCACGAGGACCACCAAUGUGCAGGCUGUGUUCCCUGAGAGGGCCUCGCUCAACAGCACUGCCUUCAACUGGACAGACCUGCAGCAGCUGGAUGCUGGCAGCUGGUUCCUGGAGCGGAAGCCGUUUUCCACUGUGCAGAGUCUUUCUGCUGUCGACCGCAGCCAGGCGAGUAAGCAGAAGAUCCCUUCCCUGAGACAAGUGCUGGAGGCAGUCAAGCAGAGCAAUAUCUCCAUCAUGUUUGACCUCCGGCCUGAGAACCACACCGAUUACCAGAGCUUUGUCAAUGCCACGCUGGACACAAUCUUGCAAUCGGGCAUCCCAUUACAGCAGAUCCUCUGGCUGCCAGAUGGGUUCAGGGAACAGGUCAAGCAGCAAGUCCCAGGCAUUCAGCAGGUUUACGGCCGGAAGAAACUCAAGAAUGAGAAGGAGCCACUGCUGCAUGUUAACCUGCCCUACCAGGACAUGAGCUCUGAGGAGAUCAGGCAGUACCGUCAGGACAACGUCUCUGUCAACUUGUAUGUGGUGAACCAGCCCUGGCUCUUCUCUGUGCUGUGGUGUGCUGGGGUGAGCUCUGUCACAACCAAUGCCUGCCAGGUGCUGAAGGAGAUGAAACACCCCAUCUGGCUUCUUCCCAGCAGCACAUACCUCAUGAUUUGGAUCGUUGCAGACUGUGUCUCCUUCCUUGUGAUCCUCUGGGCCUUCUUCCUGGUGAAGAAAUGCUCCAAGAGAAGACAGCCAGCAGAGUCUGAGACGGAUGUGCUGCUCACGAAGAUCAACAGCCUGAUGCAAGAGUGACCCCUCCGGCCUGCAUCAGCCACGGGGAGGGGCAGCUGGAGAUGUGCCCAGCUCAAGUGGGGAGUGCUUCUCUGGCCAGCUUCAAGGCUCCUUUCCUUUGUAGACAUCUUUCUGAGCUUCCAGUUCC